AAUAGAGUUCACAGUUGACCUAGCAGAGUAGCAGUUUGCAUAUCCUUUUCCUUGCGCAAUAUAUUUGUAAACACAAACGAUUUUCGAGUAAAUCUUAUCAAUAGAGAAAAUAUACGUCGAAAAAGUUAUAUCCGUUUUUAUAAAUCUAUCUGGUUCGACUCUAAAUUAGCAGAAAUUUUCGGAUAUUUGAGAUAAUUCGUCUUUUCUAAGCUUACCCGGUUUAAAAUAACUGGAUUUCUUGAUUUUAAAUUAAACAAAGUAAAGUCAGUCAUCCAUCUCUACAGUUUACUUCCUAAACUUUGACUGAAUCACUUGCCAUCACCACCAAGAUCCUUUCCUUGAAACUCUAUUAAAUAUUAUCAAAUUAUACAGUUGAGUAAUUAAAAAUAAAUAAAAGAGCAAACAUAACUUCAUUAUUUUGAAGGAGCAGUUGAACAAAUUACAAAACAAUGAAACAACAAGGAGAUGUGGUUGUUGGUGCUUGCAGGCUAGUGUCUGGUGUAUUACCAAUGGCUGCGGUAUCACCUUCAGCAGUAUCAGCAAAUUCUCAAGCUCAAAGACCAUUUCCGACGCCAUCACCGUUCUCUUUCUCCGUCGCCUCUACAAGUUGGAGCUCUAGACUUUCCAUUCAUCGAACCAGUCUGAUCCUUCGGUUCUUAGCCCUCAUGUUCUCCUUUGUCUCUGCAGUGUCACUAGCUGCCCCAUCAUCGGAGAAGAAAGGUCAACUGCCUUCAAGCUUCGCAGGAUAUUCGGAAUUAAUGUACUCGUUUGUUGUGCACAUUCUAGUUUUUCUUUACUCUGCUUUUCAACUCUUCAAAGGUGUCUGUGACAUUGCACACAGAGGUAUUCUAAUAUCCGACAUGGUCUCUGAUUACCUUAGUUUCAUACUUGAUCAGUUGGUAGGUUACCUUCUGAUCUCUUCUUGUUCCGUAGCAAUAAUGGCAGCUCAACACAUUAGCAGAAGUGCACCACUCUGGAAGGCGACGAUUGUCUCAGUCAGCAUGUCAUUUGCAACUUUUCUGAUCAUUGUAGCUUGCACUCUUUUUUCAGGCUACAAGCUUUGUAAGAGAAUCAUCUGGUGAUUCAUGUAAUGCAGCUUUUUCAAUAGUGGAAGUUUACUUUGUAUUC